AUGAGCCUUGAAGGAGAUGGAAUCCAGGACGAAUACGCUGUCACAGCCCUUCAAAUUUUCGAAUAUUGUGGAGCCGAUAGUUCUAGCUCGUUACGGGUGGAUGCCCUUAUGGAUAAAUUCGCGCCUUUCGUUAAAACUAACAAAUCUGAAUACAGUUAUCUCAAGUCACUGUUAGAUCCAGAUCAAAACAAUCCAGAAAUUACAGUAGCGAAAUUGGCUGAAAGUUUGAAUAAGUACAGUGAAAGCCAAAAAGUUAAGGUGGAUCUAGAAGAAAGCUUUAAUUUGAGAAAUGGACAGGCUCCACAUGAUUCAGACUCUGGAAUUUCAACUGAUGGUUUUCAACUUAUAGAGGAGUUGCAAUGCGAGCUCAGAGAAAAAUCCCACUUGGCACAUCAGCUGCGCAGCCAACUAGACUUCACGGACAGGCAGCAUGAAGAAGCGGUCUCCGCGCUCACUGCCGAGCGGGAUUCCCUACGAUCGCAUCUUAAUAUGCUUCGCGAGGAGAAUAUGAUAUUGACGCACGUCAGACGCGACUAUGAAGAUGUAUGUGAGCGAUUAUGUAAUAGUGAACGGGCGUUGGAUGAUGUGAAAAGGCAGCUUGAGUGUAGUAAGAAGAAGCUACGUGUGAUGACCCAACAAGUUUGUACACUUGAGUCAGAGAAACUGACACUGAGCGAGCUUCUCGCGAAAUCAAAGGAGGAAUGUCACCGUAUAAAUGACAGAUACGCGAGUAGACAAAGUGCGUUAUUGGAGCAAAAUGAGCGCCUGCGCAGUGAGCAUGCUGACCUGAGCGUAAGGUUGCAAGACCAUGAUGAGGUUAUGCAGACUGUCUUAAAGGAAAAGAUUCUAUUGGAGAUGGAGUUGAAGGAGAUGUUAAAUAAAACAAAUCAGACACAGUUGAGGAUGGACCGCUCCAUCGACAUCAGCUACACCGAGGAUCAGAUGUUGACGGCACUGGACAGUCUUAAUGCUGACAGCAGGUUUUGUUCCGAUAAACGGAUUAUAGAUGAGUCUUUUACGUUCAAAGACGAAGGCCGACCAACUAACAUGUCUCUCUUCGACGAAAUUAGACUUAGCUUUUGUAACAUGUCCCGCCAUAAUAUUACUGAUAUUAGUACAAAUGACAAAGAUCUUGAUAAUUCUAACUCUGAAAUCGCUACACAGACGGGCAGUACAGAUAACGAAAAAGAUAGUGUUAUUGAUACGGAAUAUAUUAAUGUUGAAGUACAAACUGAUAUUAAUAAGUCUAAUCAAACAAGUGAUGGUGAAACACAAACUAAUGUAGAACAAAAUUGUUUUAAUAAUGCAGAAAUACAAACAAUACAUGUGUCUUACCAAUCAAGUGAUGUCGAAACUCAAACAGUUAUAGACCAAAGUGAAACUAAAAAUGCCGAAGUACAAACCGAUCCCGCAAAUAAGUUAGUUUAUUCUGAAGUACAAACAAAUGACACUAGAACUCUUACCACCGAUGUUGAAACAAAAUCUAUUCAAGUGUCUUACCAAUCAAGUGAUGUCGAAACCCAAACAAUUAUAGACCAAAAUGAAACUAAAAAUGCCGAAGUACAAACCGAUCCCGCAAAUAAGUUAGUUUAUUCUGAAGUACAAACAAAUGACACUAGAACUCUUACCACCGAUGUUGAAACAAAAUCAAUUCAAGUGUCUUACCAAUCAAGUGAUGUCGAAAUCCAAACAAUUAUAGACCAAAAUGAAACUAAAAAUACCGAAGUACAUACCGAUCCCGCAAAUAAGUUAGUUAAUUCUGAAGUACAAACAAACGACACUAGAACUCUUACCUGCAAUGUUGAAACACAAACUGAAAUUAAACCAAGAAAUACACAAAACAAAGCAAACAUUCGAAAUUUUAAAAUUCUCAUGAAAUCUAGGCGAACAAAGAAAGACGCAGCGAUACAAACAGAUAUAAAUACGAAUAAUAAUGUCAACAAGUGUUUAGAAUGCGAUAAAUUCGAUAAAUAUACAAUUAAAUUGGAAAAAGACUAUAAAAAUUCCCAUAACAUGCUAUUAGAUGUGAAAAAUGAAAUCGAGAAAUAUGAAAAUAACUUAAAUGUUCUUAAAAACAUUGUCGAUGAAGGAAAUGAUAGGAAUAGCUAUUUGAAAUCUGUUGUGGACGGGUUAAGAGUUAAUUUGAGCGUUUUAGAGGCGGCAUGUUCUAAACAAAAUGAAGAAAUAGAGAAACUGACUUGUUCUGUGACUUCAAUUGAAGUGCAAACUGAAUUUGAACAAGUGUCAACGUAUUCGCAAACAGAUUUGCCCUGUUCCACGUGCGUUAAACGGAACGGAUCUCAUCGCUUGAGGAAGUAUCUCUGGGACCCGUUGAAGUGUCUCUUCCAAGCGUUCGCUGUCAUCUGCUUUGUAUUCGCUCUCUCCGCGUUGUAUGGCGUCAGUCGGCGUUGGCAAUCUCCGUGCACUCCUCUGGCGCCUUGGAGCUGGCUGCAGCCUCACGAUUUGAUGGAUCUGUUCUUCCGUAUCGAGUAUAUAGCUGAUGUACCUAUGUAG